GGUAUUUGCUAACUUCUGAUUGAAGAUGUCUCAUCCGGGUGGUGGCAAUCAGAAGUCUGGUGGUGGUGCAGAGGCCCAUGCUCGAUUCAAACAAUAUGAAUAUCGGGCAAACUCAAGCCUCGUUUUGACUACCGAUUCCCGCCCCCGGGACACCCACGAGCCCACCGGGGAGCCAGAGUCUCUUUGGGGGAAAAUAGACCCUAAAUCCUUUGGUGAUCGGGCUUACAGGGAUAAACCUCCUGAAUUAGAGGAGAAACUCAAGAAGUCCAAAAAGAAGAAGGACCGUGAACCAGUUUUUGAAGCUGCUGCCCCUAAGAGCAAAAGGAGACGCCUUCAAGAGGAAAGCGUUCUCACUUCUACGGAGGAAGGGGUUUAUCAGCCUAAGACUAAAGAGACCAGGGCUGCGUACGAGGCCAUGCUCAGUGUUAUUCAGCAGCAGCUGGGUGGCCAGCCUCUAAAUAUUGUCAGUGGGGCUGCUGAUGAGAUUUUAGCUGUUCUAAAAAAUGAGAGCAUCAAGACUUCUGACAAGAAGAAGGAAAUUGAAAAGCUAUUGAACCCCAUCCAAAACAAUAUAUUUGAUCAAUUAGUGUCCAUUGGUAGGCUCAUUACUGAUUAUCAAGAUGACGGUGAUGGAGGUGAUGCUGCUAUUAAUGGUGAUGAUGCCCUUGAUGAUGUUGGCGUUGCUGUUGAAUUUGAGGAGAAUGAAGAGUAGGAAGAAGAGAGAGAUCUGGAUAUGGUACCGGAGGAUGAGAAGGAGGAGGAUGACUUCAUGGAAGCAGCUAGUGCUAGUGCUAGGCAGAUGGGCAGUGGGAUUAAUGAUGAUGAGGGACAGGAAGCUAAAGAGGGAAUGACCUUAAAUGUUCAGGAUAUUGAUGCUUAUUGGCUCCAAAGGAAGAUUUCACAGGCUUAUGAUCAGCAGAUUGAUCCACAGCAGAGUCAGAAGCUUGCAGAAGAGGUUCUUAAAAUUCUUGCUGAAGGUGAUGAUCGCGAAGUUGAGACCAAGCUGUUGGUGCAUCUUCAAUUCGAUAAGUUUAGUCUCAUCAAGUAUUUGUUGCGAAACCGAUUGAAGGUUGUCUGGUGUACCCGCUUGGCUAGGGCAGAAGAUCAAGAGGAGAGGAAGAAGAUUGAAGAGGAAAUGAUGGGGUUGAGGCCCGAUCAUGCUGUGAUUCUAGAGCAGUUGCAUGCUACUGGGGCGACUGCGAAAGAGAGGCAGAAGAACUUAGAAAAAAGCAUUAGGGAAGAGGCUCGACGACUGAGAGAUGAUACUGGUGAAGAUGGUGUCCGUGAACGCAGGGGGUUUGCUGAUAGAUACUCUGAUAGUGCUUGGUUGAAAGGGCCGGGGCAAAUACUUGAUCUUGACCGCCUUGCAUUUCACCAAGGUGGUUUGUUAAUGGCGAAUAAAAAGUGUGAGCUGCCAGUAGGAUCUUAUAGAAAUCAUAAGAAAGGUUACGAAGAAGUUCAUGUACCUGCUUUGAAGCCGAAGCCAUUGGCUGCGGGUGAAAAACUUGUAAAGAUAUCUGAAAUGCCAGACUGGGCACAAGCAGCUUUUGAAGGGAUGAGAGAGUUGAACAGGGUCCAAAGUAAAGUUUAUGAAACUGCGCUAUUCAGUGCAGAAAAUAUCUUAUUAUGUGCACCUACUGCGUCAGGGAAGACCAAUGUUGCCAUGCUCACCAUACUUCAACAGCUUGCAUUAAAUAUGAAUGAUGAUGGGACUAUAGACCAUAGUAAAUAUAAGAUUGUCUAUGUGGCACCAAUGAAGGCACUGGUCGCUGAAGUGGUGGGUAAUCUUUCUAAUCGCCUACAAAAAUAUGGUGUCCAGGUUAAAGAGCUGAGUGGAGACCAAUCACUGACUCGUCAACAAAUUGAAGAAACUCAGAUUAUAGUGACAACCCCUGAGAAGUGGGAUAUUAUCACCAGAAAAUCGGGCGAUCGCACCUAUACCCAGCUUGUGAAGCUUCUCAUCGUUGACGAGAUUCAUCUUCUGCAUGAUAAUAGAGGUCCUGUGCUGGAAAGUAUUGUUGCAAGAACCGUUCGACAAGUUGAAACUACAAAAGAUCACAUUCGUCUGGUUGGGUUAUCAGCUACACUUCCUAAUUAUGAAGACGUGGUUGUAUUUUUACGAGUUAAAUUAGAUAAAGGGCUCUUCCAUUUUGACAAUAACUACAGACCUGUUCCUCUGGCUUGGCGGUAUAUUGGGAUCACAGUUAAGAAGCCACUACUGAGAUUUCAGCUGAUGAACGACGUAUGCUAUGAAAAGGUGAUCAGUGUUGCCGGAAAGCAUCAGGUGCUCAUAUUUGUGCACUCGAGAAAGGAGACGGCCAAAACAGCUCGUGCAAUUAGAGAUGCUGCCCUUGCUAAUGACACUCUUGCUAAAUUCUUGAAAGAGGAUAGUGCCAGCCGCAAAGUUCUUCAGAACCCGACGGAGUUGGUGAAGAGCAGUGAUCUUAAGGAUCUAUUGCCAUAUGGUUUUGCAAUACAUCAUGCUGGGAUGGUUAGAACUGAUCGUGGAAUUGUUGAGGACCCGUUUACAGAUAAUCACAUACAAGUGUUGGUUUCUACUGCAACUCUAGCUUUGGGUGUCAAUUUGCCAGCUCAUGUUGUAAUUAUUAAAGGCACCCAAAUUUACAAUCCUGAGAAAGGAGCAUGGACUGAAUUGAGCCCUCUAGAUGUUAUGCAGAUGCUUGGUCGUGCUGGAAGGCCUCAAUAUGACACCUAUGGGGAAGGAAUUAUCAUAACUGGACAUAGUGAACUACAGUAUUAUCUUUCUUUGAUGAAUCAGCAGCUUUCUAUUGACGCAUAUACUUAUCUUUGUGUCCGCAUGCUAUGUAAUCGUGCUCUCUAUGGUUUGGCAUCUGAUGUUGUGACCAGAGAUCCGACCUUGGAGGAAAGGAGAGCUGAUCUAAUUCAUUCAGCCGCUACUUUAUUGGACAAGAAUAAUCUGAUAAAGUAUGACAGGAAAAGUGGAUAUUUCCAAGUUACUGAUUUGGGUUGCAUUGCCAGCUACUAUUAUAUAACCCAUGGAACAAUAUCUACGUACAACGAGCAUUUGAAGCCAACGAUGGGUGAUAUUGAACUAUGUCGUCUGUUCUCCAUCAGUAAAGAGUUCAAAUAUGUAACUGUGAGACAAUAUGAGAAGAUGGAGCUAGCAAAACUUUUAGACCUCGUCCCAAUACCAAUCAAAGAAAGUCUCGAGAAGCCUAGUGCCAAGAUUAAUGUUUUACUCCAAGCCUAUAUUUCACAGUUGAAGCUCGAAGGACUGUCUUUAACAUCUGACAUGGUAUUCAUUACUCAGGUGUGUGUCUAUUCUGGUUCUCCUCUUUUAAAACUGAUCUGCAUGAAAAUACACUUAUCAAAGACCAUAUGUGCAGAAUUUGCCAUUCUAAGGAACUAUCAAAAAGGACCUGAAAGUGUCAUGCGUGCUGUCUAUAUUGCUCCUAUUGAAGCUCUUGCAAAGGAACGGUACAAAGAUUGGAAGAGAAAGUUUGGAGAGGGUCUUGGGAUGAGAGUGGUUGAGUUAACUGGAGAAACGACAACAGAUUUGAAACUUCUUGAGAAAGGUCAAAUUAUUAUUAGCACUCCCGAAAAGUGCGAUGCUUUAUCUCGUCGAUAGAAACAGCGAAAGCAUGUUCAGCAGGCCAGUCUCUUCAUUGUUGAUGAGCUCCAUCUGAUUGAGGGUCAAGGUGGUCCUGUCUUGGAGUUCAUAAUCUCUAGGAUGAGAUAUGCUAGUCAGCAAGAGAACAAAAUUCGUAUUGUGGCGUUGUCAACUUCUCUUGCAAAUGCCAAGGAUUUGGGGGAUUGGAUUGGGGCCACUUCACAUGGUCUUUUUAAUUUUCAUCCUACCGUGAGGCCUGUGCCUCUCAAAAUUCAUAUUCUGGGUGUUGAUAUUGCUAAUUUUGAAGAAAGGAUGCAGGCCAUGACAAAGCCUACAAAUACUGCAAUUGUUCAACAUGCUAAGAAUGGGAAACCUGCAAUAGUAUUUGUUCCUACCACGUAGCAUACGCGCCUCACUGCCGUGGAUCUCAUGUCCUACUCGAGUGUGGACAAUGAAGAAAAACCAAUGUUCUUAUUACAGUCUUUUGAAGAGAUGGAGCCUUUUGUUUCCAGGAUCAAGGAACCUAUGUUGAAUGAGACAAUUCAAUUUGGUGUAGGUUAUUUGCACGAGGGACUAACGAGCACAGAUCAAGCUAUAGUGAAGACACUGUUUGAAACUGGAUGGAUUCAAUUGUGUGCUAUGAGCAGUUCAAUGUGUUGGGGAGUUCCCCUAUCUGCACAUUUGGUUGUGGUUAUGGGAACACAAUACUAUGAUGGCAGCGAAAAUGCUCACACUGACUACUCAGUUACUGAUUUAUUGCAAAUGAUGGGUCAUGCCACUUGGCCUCUUGUUGAUAAUUGUGGAAAGUGUGUCAUCCUUUGCCGUGCACCAAGCAAGGAUUACUAUAGGAAGUUCUUGGAUGAAGCAUUUCCAGUUGAAAGCCAUCUGCAUCAUUAUCUGCAUGAUAAUAUAAAUGCAGAGGUGGUUGUGGGAGGGAUUCAGAGCAAGCAGGAGGCUGUGGACUACCUUAUCUGGACAUUUUUAUAUCGAAGGCUCACUUAGAAUCCGAACUACUAUAAUCUUCAGGGUGUUAGUCACAGACAUCUCUCUGAUCAUCUCUCAGAACUUGUGGAGAUCACACUGAGUGAUCUGGAAGCGAGUAAAUGUGUUGCCAUUGAAGAUGACUAUUUGCUUUCACCAUUGAACCUUGGCAUGAUAGCAUCUUAUUAUUAUAUCAGCUGCACAACAAUUGAAAGUUUCAGUUCAUCUCUGACAUCUAAAACAAAGUUGAAAGGUCUUCUGGAAAUUUUGGCUUCGGCUUCAGAGUAUGAACUUCUUCCUAUUCGACCUGGCGAAGAAGAGCUGAUAAGAAGGUUAAUCAAUCACCAGCGGUUCUCCUUUGAGAAUCCGAAGUGCAUUGAUCCACAUGUGAAGGCAAAUGCUCUAUGACAAGCUCAUUUCUCCAGGCAACUAAUUGGUGGAAAUCUGGUUUUUGAUCAGCAAGAGGUGCUCAUUUCUGUUAGCCGGCUGCUGCAAGCCAUGGUUGAUGUUAGUUCUAGUAGUGGAUGGCUUAGCCUGGCCCUUCUUGCUAUGGAAGUAAGCCAGAUGGUAACCCAGGGAAUGUGGGACCGUGAUUCUAUGCUUCUUCAGCUUCCUCAUUUCAAAAAAGAGUUGGCCAAGAAGUGUCGGGAGAAUCCAGGUAAGAGAAUCGAGACAGUAUUUGUUUUGGUGGAAAUGGAGGAUGAUGAAAGGCGAGAGCUAUUACAAAUGCCAGACACACAGUUGAUGGAUAUUGCUCUUUUUUGUAACCGUUUUCCAAACAUUGACCUGAAUUAUGAUGUGCUGGAUAGUGAUAAUGUGAGAGUUGGAGAAGAAUUUAGUGUGCAUGUAACCCUGGAACGAGAUCUUGAAAGAAGGACAGAGGUUGGACCUGUGGAUUCUCCUAGAUAUCCCAAAGCCAAAGAAGAAGGGUGGUGGCUUGUGGUUGGUGAUACUAAAACUAAUCAGUUACUUGCCAUCAAAAGGGUUACACUGCAGAGGAGGUCCAGAGUCAAACUUGAUUUUACUGCUCCUGCAGAAGCUGGAAAGAAGACAUGCACACUAUAUUUUAUAUGUGAUUCUUCUUUGGGGUGUGACCAGGAGUACAACUUCACAAUUGAUGUUAAAGAAACGGUGGAUUCUGAAGAUGACGGUGGAAGAUAAUGA